UGUUUAUUUCUAACGUAUAGUUUUCCACCACCACAGUGAGGCCAUGAUGGCCUAAAUAUGACACACUCAUUUUAAGAACGCUAUAGCCAGUGUUAAGGCUAGUCAUUGUACUUGUUUUAUUUAAUAAGGCAUAAACGAAGAUUACAGCAUGCUGAAAACACCCGACUUUUCGCAUUUGAGCAAAGAAUUUUCCGAAGAUGUUUACGAACCUGCAGAGGAUACGUUUUUGAUGUUAGAUGCACUAGAGACAGAUUUGAACUUCAUAUCCACACUUAGGCCAUCUAUUUGCGUAGAAAUUGGCAGCGGCUCAGGUAUCACAUUGACUUCCUUAGCAAUGGCUAUAGGAAAUUCUGCAUUUUAUUUAGCCACGGAUAUAAACGAGAAAGCUGCGAACUGCACAUAUAAGACGAGCACAUCUAAUAGCGUCAGUAUUGAUGUCACUGUCGAUGAUUUAGGUAGAGCCCUGCUACCUAGAUUAAAGAAUCUUGUUGAUGUCCUUAUAUUCAAUCCACCAUACGUAGUUACUUCUUCAAAUGAAGUAGGUGGUAGGUCAAUUGAGGCUUCAUGGGCAGGAGGUUCUGAUGGAAGAGAAGUCAUUGAUAAGUUUUUGCCUAUCGCUGCAAAGUUGAUCUCAAAACCAGGUGCAUUUUACAUGGUUGCUAUAGACAGAAACAAACCAAUGGAAAUUAUCGACAAUAUGAAAGCCCUUGGACUUUCUGGGAAUAUAGUUUUGUCAAGAAAAGCUGGAAUAGAGAAUUUGGUUAUUCUUAAGUUUACGAAAUAUAUAUAGAUUGAACAUUGAAUUGUUGUUUUGUACAUCACUUUUUGUUCUUAUUACAUUAAUUCUAGAUGCAGUUGAUCAUUUUUCUGCCCUUAUUUUGAUUUUCUUUUUCAACAGCUGGUUUUGCCUGUAUGAUUAAAAUAACUGAUAUCAUAUUUACAAAAGCCAUUAAAUUGUUUUUCAACUCAGGAGAUGAAAGUUGCCCAAAAUAUCAUCAACUGAACAAACUUGUGUUAUUAUCAAUCAAAGUUAAUUUUAAUGAUUUAAAGAAGCUCUAUUUCAAAAAAUCUUGCAAUACUUUCUUGUGCAAAACAUUUAAAGUUUCUUAUUUAAAUAUCAUUUAUAAAUAAUUGAUCCUUGAAAUGUAGUUUUUAAACUUUGUCAAACUUUUGUCAGUUACUAUCUUUAUGGAGUAAAAAUAAAAACAAGUUUUCAAAUUUUCAAAGCAAUUUUCUGUACCAAAAGUUGGUAUGUGCAUAUUACAUGCAAUUUAAUCUUCUUUUCAAAACGCCAUUCAUUAUAUUUCUUGAUGACUUAAAGUUAAAGCUAGCAUUUUACUUUGGUUAUUAAGUUACCUUGAAAAAACAGCCUAGUAUUGCAUUUCAAAGUCAAAAUGCAAUACCUUUCAAACCUGCCUUUAAGCUGCACCUUUUCACUGCUCAUUUAUAAUUUACAAAAUGAAGUUAAUUUUGUUUUUUACAUACUGGAUGUAUGCAAUAAGAAUAAAAACAUAAUUAAAUAUGUUUUUGGUACCAUAAAAUUAGAAGAUGACACAAAAUAGUGGAAACAUAGCAUACUGAAAUACUUCUUGUCCAACACUCUUCAAAGAAACCAUUCAAAGGAAUCAAUCAAACACAUUUUCUUCUUCUCACUUUCUUUUUGAUCCAUACCUGGAUAUAAAUUCAUCUGAUCUCUAAAGAUCAUAAGAUGAAAAUUACUCCAGUCAUGCUAUGUUUGCUUUUAUUUUGCACCAUCUAUAAAAUAACACAAUGUUGUUAUGACCCCUGCAGUGCAUUUUUAUAUUUCAUGUUUAAAAGAUUACUUAGUUAACAGUUUUAAAAUCUUUUUACAUAAUAAGACUUUUAUGUGAUUGGAUUAAGUUUGUUUUAACCCUUGGACUCUAUUUGGUAAUAUUUUCUAUGCACUGAUUGUGCAGCCUUAACUGCCAUGUCUUGGCAUUUCUUAUAGGUCUUUUUUCCACAACUGGACAUACAUAUAUAUUUCUUAACUUUAAAUAUGUUUUGAUUAUCAUUUGGAAAAGAUUUAGUAUAAUUUUCUAGAAUAUUUGAUUUUUUUCAAAGUCAUCUUUAAACUCUGUAUUGUCAGAUAAAGCAAAUAUUGAAUUGUUACACUACUUAUAGAUUUUGAAGGCUAUGCUGUAAGCAGUGGCUCAAUUCGUUUUUUAGAUGGGGGCAAUGCCCACAAAAACAAGCAAAUUUUCCCACAAAUGACAUAAUUUACAGACAAAAGCAUGUAUUAACCGACAAUUUAGCAAAGCUUGGAGCACUUGCCCCCCCCCCACAACCCCACAAUUUCUGCCACUCGCCACAAGCAUGCUCUAAAGUAAUGGCAAUUUUCAGUUAUGUUGGCUUUUCCAUCAACAAUUCAAAACCUUUUUACAACAUAUAAUUAUCUUCACUACUGUUCAUUUUUGUCCAAAAUAUUGAAAUUAUGCGAAAUUGAACAAUUACUACUGAGAAAGCAUAUUUUCAACCCCCUUUUUAUGUAUUCAAUAUAUUUAUAUGGUUGUACUGGGUAAGAAAACUAGUUAACAUCGAAAAUGUAGUUCUUACUGCUUGUCUUCUCCAUUCAGUACUAGAUAUUUUACUGUAAUAUUUUAGUAUCAUCCACUCAACUACAAAUAUCUGAUUUGAUUUCCAUUAUAAAAAAAACAUUGUUUGC